GUGGCCUCCGGGCCGCCCAGCCCCUUACUGGGCCGGCGAGCUUGCUUGCGGGCCCGCCUCCGCCUAUAAGAGCGGUUGCGGCACUGCAGCUAGCGCAGUUCUCACUGAGGCCCGUCACCCGGACUCUGCGUGAGACGCACCUCCCGGACUCACCAUGCGUGAAUGCAUCUCCGUGCACGUAGGGCAGGCAGGUGUCCAGAUGGGCAAUGCCUGCUGGGAGCUCUACUGCCUGGAGCACGGGAUCCAGCCUGAUGGACAGAUGCCCAGUGACAAGACCAUCGGGGGAGGGGACGAUUCCUUCACCACCUUCUUCUGCGAGACAGGGGCUGGAAAGCAUGUGCCGCGGGCGGUGUUUGUGGAUCUGGAGCCCACUGUGAUUGAUGAGAUCCGAAAUGGCCCCUACCGGCAGCUCUUCCACCCCGAGCAGCUCAUUACUGGCAAGGAGGAUGCUGCGAACAACUAUGCCCGAGGUCACUACACCAUUGGCAAAGAGAUCAUCGACCCCGUCCUGGACCGGAUCCGUAAACUGGCCGACCAAUGCACAGGCCUACAAGGCUUCCUGGUCUUCCACAGCUUCGGAGGGGGCACUGGCUCUGGCUUCACCUCACUCCUCAUGGAGCGCCUCUCUGUCGACUAUGGCAAGAAAUCCAAGCUGGAGUUCUCCAUCUACCCGGCCCCCCAGGUGUCCACAGCCGUGGUGGAGCCCUACAACUCCAUCCUCACCACACACACCACCCUGGAGCACUCCGACUGUGCCUUCAUGGUGGACAACGAGGCCAUCUACGACAUCUGUCGCCGCAAUCUGGACAUCGAGCGGCCCACCUACACCAACCUCAACCGCCUCAUAAGCCAGAUCGUGUCCUCUAUCACUGCAUCCCUGCGCUUCGAUGGGGCCCUCAAUGUGGACUUGACCGAGUUCCAGACCAAUCUGGUGCCAUACCCCCGCAUCCACUUCCCCCUGGCCACCUAUGCGCCUGUCAUCUCUGCCGAGAAGGCCUACCAUGAGCAGCUGUCUGUGGCUGAGAUCACCAAUGCCUGCUUCGAACCGGCCAACCAGAUGGUGAAGUGUGACCCCCGUCAUGGCAAGUACAUGGCCUGCUGCCUGCUGUACCGUGGGGAUGUGGUCCCCAAGGAUGUCAAUGCCGCCAUUGCCGCCAUCAAGACCAAACGCAGUAUCCAGUUCGUAGACUGGUGCCCCACGGGCUUCAAAGUGGGCAUCAACUACCAGCCCCCUACAGUGGUGCCUGGGGGGGACCUGGCCAAGGUGCAGCGUGCCGUGUGCAUGCUGAGCAAUACCACUGCCAUCGCCGAGGCCUGGGCCCGCCUGGACCACAAGUUUGACCUGAUGUAUGCCAAGAGGGCGUUUGUGCACUGGUAUGUGGGUGAGGGCAUGGAGGAGGGUGAGUUCUCUGAGGCCCGGGAGGAUAUGGCUGCCCUGGAGAAGGAUUACGAGGAAGUGGGCAUCGACUCCUACGAGGAUGAGGAUGAGGGGGAAGAAUAGAACAGCUGCUUGGAGCCCCCUCCCCCACCACCAUGUUUAUUGCAAAAUCCUUUCGAAAUAAACAGUCUCCUUGCACGGUU